GGAGGAGCCGCGGCGAUCGCGGACCCCGCACCCGCAUCUGGAGGCUCACGCCUCACAUGGGGCCCCCGCGCUUGCCACAGCAGCGGCGCCGACCCUCGCCGGGCUGCUGAGGGCGCCGGGCAUCGGCCAUGAGAGACCGCGCCGCCCGCGGGCCCUGCCGGUGGCGACGCUCAGGAUCCAGCAAGGGUAGAGAAGACAGCAGAUUACCUAAGAUAUGAGACGUCCUCCCUUAGAAAAAUAAGACUUGUUUUCAAAAUGGACCGAAGUAAGCGGAAUUCAAUAGCAGGAUUUCCACCACGCUUGGAGCGCGCUGAAGACUUUGAUGGUGGCACUGGAGGAGAAGGGACUGCAUCCCAGAUAGGAAGAGUUUGUACCUCUUCAUACAGAGCCCUGAUAAGUGCCUUUUCUAGACUUACUCGUCUUGAUGACUUCACAUGUGAGAAAAUUGGCUCUGGUUUCUUCUCUGAGGUGUUCAAGGUAAGGCACAGAACUUCAGACCAGGUAAUGGCUUUGAAGAUGAACACUCUGAACAGCAACAGAGCAAACAUGCUGAAGGAGGUUCAACUUAUGAACAGGCUCUCACAUCCAAACAUCUUAAGGUUUAUGGGUGUCUGUGUGCAUCAAGGACAACUACACGCACUUACUGAGUACAUCAACUGCGGUAACCUGGAGCAGCUACUAGACGGUAACCAGCAUCUGCCCUGGACAGUGAGGGUGAAACUGGCAUAUGACAUUGCCAUGGGGAUCAGUUAUCUUCACUACAAAGGCAUUUUCCACCGAGACCUUACAUCCAAGAACUGCUUAAUUAAACAUGAUGAGAACGGGUACUCGGCAAUAGUGGGAGACUUCGGUUUAGCAGAGAAAAUUCCUGAUCAGUGUGAGAAGCUACCAGUGGUGGGUUCGCCCUUCUGGAUGGCACCAGAAGUGCUCAGAGAUGAACCUUACAAUGAAAAGGCAGAUGUGUUCUCCUAUGGUAUAAUUCUGUGUGAGAUUAUAGCAAGAAUACAGGCAGAUCCAGACUAUCUCCCUCGCACAGAGAAUUUCGGAUUAGAUUAUGAUGCCUUCCAGCACAUGGUGGGAGACUGUCCCCCCGACUUCCUCCAGCUUGCCUUCAACUGCUGUAACAUGGAUCCAAAGUUGCGCCCUUCAUUUGCUGAUAUUGUCAAAACACUGGAGGGGAUUUUAAACCGCUUGAGAAAUGAGGACUCGGAGAGAGAGAGAAAGUUUUUGAACAUUGACAACAGUGAAAGAAAACCCAAAGGGUCAACUGAAAAAGGACCAGGAGUAAAACGUUUGAGUUCUCUGGAUGAUAAGAUCCCACCCAAGUCACCCCGUCCACGUCGGAAUAUCUGGUUGUCACGCAGCCAGUCGGAUAUCUUCUCCCGCAAGCCUUCCAGGAAGAUAAACGUGCAGGACCCCUACUAUACGCCAAACAAAGGAUUAGGCCGGAAAGUUAAUCCCUUCAGUGCCCGGGAGGACCUCAAGGGGGGGAAGAUCAAAUUCUUUGACAUGCCAAGCAAGUCUGUGAUCUCCCUUGUGUUUGACUUGCAUUCUCCAGAGGCAGGUGGAGGCCUGAAAGCCAGCCAGUCCCAGUUCCGGCAGGCAUAUAGCACAGACUGGCAAGAAUUUUCCCUUCUUCCUGGGAGAAGAUGCAGAUCACUUCCAGUCUCUCCUGAACUGCCACACAAGGAGUAUGGCCUGUUUGGGGGACUGUCUUCAACUGUCAGCAGGUGUGACCCAGCCCAGCUAGGUGCAGAGGUCCGGCAGAAACUCCUGAGUAGCAGUAAAUAUGGUGUGUCAGAGAUUCCCCCUUUUCAAGCCAAACCUCACAGGCCAGAAUUUCUUCCUGUACCAGGACAAGAGGAAGAUAUGGACUGUUCAGAUGGGCUGAUGGCCCAGGAAGAGAAUGGGUUCUGCCCUGUUGAGAAUACAUGUGGAGAUCCAGCGUGUAAUCAACCAUUAGUGCUGGCCCAGCCUGAGCUGCUAUCUUACAAAAAGGUCCCAGUUGAGAAUUCGGUGAACUCUGAGGGACGCGGCUCCUCGCAAGUGUUUGCGGGUUGUCUCCCUUCUGAAGAGAUGGAGGUAGAAGACAACCUACUGAAAAAUACUUCACUAGAGUCGACAAAGCCUCCGUUCAGCGUUAGUCCUUCCACCAAGCUGAAGAGAGAGGCAUGGCCCUUCAGGGAGCAGGAUGGGGACAGUCCUGCCCCAUCAUCUCAGAUCUCCUCCACUAUAUCAGAGAGUGGCAGCACACAGUCAGCUUGUGACAUAUAAAGAGAGAGCUCAAACCGAGUAUGUCCUUGAGGGAACAGUAGUUCCCAGGCACUUAAACUCUAUCUUUCUGUAGUGCUGGGCUUUACAUUCGAAAGACACUCAGCAGAUGGUAGAACCUGGCUGUCAAGCAGAUAGCUCCAGACAGCGCCUGGAGAGACUGAGUAUUUUAACUUCAUUUUAAGCUGUGCUUAUUCCCUUUCCUGAUUUGCUUUAGGAGGGGGGAACUACUCCAGACAGAGAAUGACCAUGUGGACCCCACAGUCCUUCUGAGAGGCAGCAGCCAGAGCAGGCACCGGGUAAGCAGUUUGACCUGGAUUCCAGCAUGGAGCAUUUUAAGGCCUUAAGCUCCAUGUUGGAUAGAAAGAACAGCCCCUAGGUUUUCCCUUUUCCUCCGACUGACCAGCUGCUCUAAACCGCUGCAGAUUUGGCAUUAAGAGUCUGUAGCAAUGCACAUGAGUCAGAGCCUCUGUUUUAGAAACAGGCACAGAGAUCUUCUGGAGCUAUGUCAAGCAGAUAGGAAUGCUUUCUGGUCCUGGAGCUGCUGUGAAUGCUCUUGCAGCAUUAAACAAACUCUUGCUUCAAAAGCAGCAAAACCAAACCCCCUCACACUGGUCGCAAUCUGCAGGCUGAAUCACAUGACAAGUACUUCGUGAUUAACAAGAAGAAGCUGUUCCCUGGUGUUUCCUUUUCCCUUGGGUUUUGGUAAUGAUGUGUAAUAACACGUUAUUGCAGGAAAGCUGGAUGCGGUAAGCACUGCUCUCCUGUGGCUCUUCGUGUACCUUAACCCAGUUUGGGAGAAAGAUUUGCCCAGAGGAGAGCCAUAUUCCAGGCAUUGUCAUUCCUGGGCUCCUGGAGGAACUGCCAGUGAAAGUACUGGUCAUACUGAGUUUUUGGAGGUGUGGGCUCUUAUCUCUGAGGAGCUGAAUGGACACCAUAAUCUCUUUCUGCAAAAGAGUUAAUUAAAUUCAAUCUCUAGAUCACUGUUGACCAUUACCACCAAGCUAGAAGGGUCACAUUCACAUCCCUCUCUGGUACGACAUCCCAUCUCAUUAAUGUCACUGCAGUAAUGAUGGGUCCUUAUUUAAAACCAGACUGCGUGAUAGAGGACAGACAGGUGUCCCCUGCUCAGGGGAAGCUGCCAGCAGUGUUGCAGCCACACGAGCACUCCUGGAGGAGGCAGUAGACUCACAGAAUGGCUUUGAAUUGUGAAACUGAGGAAAAUUACCUUGUCUCUAACUUUUUUUCUCUUUCUAUGGAAAGAAGCUGUUGUCUUCAUUGGCUUCUCCUGUCACUGAAUAGGAUAAUCUUUUUCUUUCUUUUUUGCCCCUCCACCAGCAGGCACACGUGAAAAGCAGUGGCAUGAGCUCUAAUGCUGCUUGCCAGAACCAGCAUCAGAGAUCCUCUGAGAUCCUCUGGGAUGCAAGGUACAGGAAAGCUUGUUCUGUGAUGACGUUUUUGCCCCAUCCUGCUCUUUUCCACUGUCUUUGUCCCACAACAUGGGAGUUUUAUUUAUUUAUUUUUUAACCUAUGUUAUCAUUCUUAACCGAGGUAUGCAUUGCAUGCCUGCUGAGCAGAUGGUGACGCAGUGGAGACCAGAAUUUCACCCAGGGAGCCUGUUACACUUUAGUCCCUGUUGUCUUGUAAGGAUGGACAACGUAAGCUCGUCUCUGCAAGCAAAGCUAUUCCUAACUUUCCCUAUGUCAAAGGAAGGAUGAAGGAGAAAGCCUUAGUUCUUUCUUGGCUGAGAUGCUUCUUUUUCCAAAGGUGUAGGAAACUAUUCUGUGAGUUAUAAUUACGACUUCAUCUUGUGAAAUGCGAGUUAACCUGAACAGCAGUUAUCCCUUUGCAGUGGCUGCGAAGAAUGAAUUGAGAACACUGAGCUGCUUAGCACAGCCCAUGCCAGAUUAGGCAGCUGUUGGCAGUUUGAAAAUGCUCAUCACCCCUUUUGGCCCACACCUCUGCCUCUUCAAGGUGCUUAUCUGUAGUCAUCUGUUGUGCACAUCCUGUCUGUAGAGCGCAGAGCAGUUUGUGUGACGGGCACUGUGCUCAUGUCACUUCCUUUAGGACCGGAAAACAGUCUGAAUUCCAUUGCCAGCUGCUUAACUGCCUGGUGCCUGCUUUGAUUUUUUACACAACUGUAAUUUUUUGGGAGAGAAACCAUCAGCACCAGCUUCUGUUGUCACAAGAUGCAUUUAUGUGUGACUUCAGCCAAACAAGCAAUACUAAGGACUAGUUUACUUCUGGAUUACCAGACUGUGAGGAAGCUGUCCAGCUUCGUACGAGUGCCUCAACGUGGAGCACACGCACACCUUUGGCUGCUCUGUGGCUGGCGUUACUCUGUCAGUGCUGACACCUCAUCGUGAAGCCUGCUGCCCUCUGACAGACUGCAAAGCCUGUGCGCUCAGGCCUGGGGUACGUCUGUGGCACCCAUUGCAGUAACCUCAUCUGUUUUCUUACACCACUGUCACUUAAAAUGUUUCCCUGCCCCAAAUAGCUCUCUUACAAAGCAGCAUGGCUAAAAGUUUAUUUUCUCCAAUGUCUACUCUAAGCACAGCCAACUGACGUGCAGAGGGCACAGCGAUCAGCUUUGGAGCAUUUUGUACUGAGGUGGAGAUGUCAGAAAGAGAAGCACCAAGGAAUAUCAGCUCAGGCCACGUGUAUGAAAGUGGAGUAAAAGGCCCUUGGAGAACUAAACCCCAGUGUUCCCAAGGGUCUGGAUGCAGUUGGUGUUCACUAUAUCUCAUCUUUUUGGCUGUAUAAAGCUGCAUCUAGGCUGCACCUCCUCCUAGAUUUUCUGCCUACUUGAGGGUGCUUUUCUGCUGGGGGCCAUUUCCUGACAGCUGCUGAUGAACACCAACAUGUGGUGUCAGCAAACUCCUUGUUUUAUAGUGAUGUGACAGAGUUUUAUUGCGGUUGGGGUUUAUCAUAGUUUUUGACUUUCUUACAGGAGCCGCUCAUGCUCUUUUAAAACACUUUCUACAUGUUGCUACGUUCUCUGAAGAGAUCAAAGAUGUUUUUAAUUCACUUUAAAUGCUUCUUUGUUGAAUUCAUUCAGACGUCUGUUAUAAGCUAUUUUUGUUGUGGUUGCAGGUUGAUAAAAUGCAGGAGAAUGUGUGUGAAUUGCUGCCCCUCAGCAGUACAGAGCAGGGGCUGCAGCAGACGUGCACUUGCUGGAGAGGCAUUGAUGUAUUAUGUGUAACAGAACAUUGGUAUUUUUUGCCAGUACAACUAAAGACACUUGAAUAAUUCCUGUUUGCACUUAAUGCUAUUGUUUAUAUUGCAUGUCACUACGUUUCUAUGCAAAACAAAUAACCUUUUUUGGGAGGAGGGGCAGCCAGAUAUUUGAUUUAAGUAUAAAGAUCUUUGCGAGAUGAUCUAUUUUCGUAUUUAUGAAGGAGUUUUACGUCUUAAUAUUUUUCAGUCUGUAAAUAGCUCAACUUGUAAUUAAAGGCUUAGGAAGAAGUUCGUAGCCUGUGUAUAAUAGUAAGUUAACACUGCCAGAAAAAAAAAAAUCUUUGCAAACCAACUUUUCUAAUAUUGUGGAUAUUUAUGAAUAUGUAAAGAAAGCACGUCUUGUUUUUAUGUUGAUUGACCUUCUGACUUUUUUUGAACUAUAGAAAUGGUGUAUGUUUUAUUGGAACUGCAAUAAGAAGUAACCAAAGAUGAAUCCAGUUAAAUAUUUUCAUAAUUUUUUCUUGGUCAGGUUUUGUAAACUUUCCCAACUUGCUUUCAAAAUAAAAAUAAAAUCAA